UUUAUUCCGAAAGUUGUGUUUGUUUCUGUCAGUGCUCUGAAUUUAAUGUUUUUUGUGUUUGUUUUUAAUUGUUUGUUUAAAAUGCAUGUUUGUAUAAUAAAUUUAAGUAUAAUUUUAUAAUUAUGUGUAAAUAUGUCUUCUGAUAAUUGUUCUUUACAAGAAGAAGCCAACGAUGAAUUAUUAUUCGAUGAAAUUAUAGAAUUUUCACCGGAAACGGAAAUAGUCGUUGAAAACCAGGACAAUGUGAAACAAAUCACAGCUUUUCAAUGUUCAAAAUGUGAAUUUAUUGAUUCUAAGCAAGAAAUUGUUGAAAAACACCAGAAAUUCCAUGAAAAACCACCCGAAGAAUGCACAGAAGUUGUCAUUUAUGUAUGUAGUCUAUGCUAUGGCCAAUAUAACUCCAUUGAGGACCUUCGAGGUCAUAUGAUCGAAUUCCAUAAAUGCAAACCAAUCGAAAAGGAAACCAAAAAGUCGAAAGAUCAACCAAAGAAUGACCUUAAGACAGAUGAAAAUGAUACAGAGGCAGUCCCAUCAGUGUUGGCAAAAGAAGAAAAAGUAGAUAAUCCUCUGGCACUACUUCCAGUGCCUCUGAAGGACUUCAAAUUGAUUAUCAGAAGGAACCUUGUUCAUAAAUGCACUUUGAAGGGUUGUUCGUAUAAGUUAGAAAACGAGGAAAAGCUUCAAUUGCAUCUCAAGUGCCACAAAGAAGGGACCACCACGGAAUUCAAAUGCUACGAGUGUAGCAUCGAUGUGGAGAACUGGAGAAGAUGCUCGAUUCACCUAUUGAAGGCACACAGAAUCUCUGUGGGGUUACUUCAGUGUCCUCUGUGCUCAUAUUCAUCCUCAACAUCAGCUCGAGUCUGGCGCCACAUGCUCACCCAUCGAAAUUGGAAAUCGAAAGUCUUGAAGUCCAUGAAAACCAAGAAAAAAGAAGAAAAACCACCUCCGCCUCCCAGAACGAAGUAUUACGCUGAAAAGACAUGUGAAAUCUGUAAUCGAAAGUUUGUCAGCAGCAAGACCCUCUCAAAGCAUGUCAAAAGCGUUCACAACAAAAUUAAGCCAUUCAUAUGCAACGUUUGUGGCUUGAAGACGACAAGGAAAUCAGUUCUUUCUAUCCACAUGCGUCAGCACACUGGUGAGAAGCCCUUAGCAUGUAAGGUCUGCAAAUUCCGAACUCGAGACCCAAGCACCCUGCGAAGUCAUGAAAUGCGUCAUGGAAAAAAUCCAAAGAAACAGUGUCCAUCAUGCAACAAGUGCUUCAUUCAAGCUGCUGCCUUAAAACGUCACAUUCGCACAAAUCACCCCGAGGAAUUCAAGAAAAUCUCAUGUGAACUAUGCAAUUAUGUGACAAUUAGUGCUGAGAAACUGGAAGUACACAUGGGGGACCAUCGCAAAGGACUAAUUGUGAAUAAUGAAGACUCGUUGGAUGCAUCACGAGGAGAAUCAUUUAAGAACCCUGGAAAGUUUAAUGUGCAUCAUGGUGGCAAACAUAUUGGCAACGCAGAGAUUUCUUCGGAUUGUUUUCUACCAUUAGAGAGUGUUGAUUCAAUGCCACAUGUUCCAGCAGUGGAUACAGGAGGUGUCACCAUUCCAGCACCAUCGCACUCGGAGGACACGCAAUUUCCAACAUUUUUAAAUAACUAAGCUUUAGUGAAUGUGUAAAGUAUUGUGUUUUGUGCAUGUUUGUUUAAUUUUAAUUGAUUGACUAGUCAAGGAAUUAUUAAAAACGACAUAAAAAUUA